AUGUGUCGAAGCUCUCAUGCUUUUGAAGUUGAAUUUGAUGGAAUCGAGACCUGUGCCACCACAGCAAGCACUUUAAUUCCAGCGGAUUUGCAUUCAUCCGCUAGCGACGCUCUUAACCUUGUGGCUUGUUGGCAGCGAUAUGAGCAGAAUGAAACUUGUUCAAUGCUUAAAGCCACUAGCUGA